ACCCACACGCCCUUUCUGCCUUCGCGUGUGGUUUAAUCCUCCGCGGCUUCCGUAAGCUGUCGUGGCGCUUGUGGAGUGCGAGGGCGAAAGUACUGCGGCUCUAAAUAGGAAGAUAAGCAAAUAUUUGUUACAGGUACAUUACUUUCAAACUGCAGUGAUCGUAUAUCAUAUAAAGGUUUCCGGGUGAUAAUGAGGCGCGCAGGUUUAGGUGAGGGCGGCCCUCCAGGCAAUUACGCUGCAAGUGGAUACAGUGUGUAUGAGGAGGAGAAUGAACAUCUACAGGAGGGACUGAGAGCUAAAGUACAUGCACUUAAACAUCUUUCAAUUGACAUUGGAAAUGAGGUCAAGUACCAGAAUAAAAUGUUAGGAGAAAUGGACUCGGACUUUGACUCAACUGGAGGUCUGUUGGGAGCCACCAUUGGUAGAUUGAAGCUCCUCUCCAGGGGAAGCCAAACCAAGGUGUACUGCUACAUGCUGCUGUUUGCCCUGUUUGUGUUUAUUGUCCUGUACUGGGUGAUCAAACUGAGGUGAUCGUAGGACUGAUGACUCUUCAGGACCUUUCGUUUGUGCCAUGCUUAUUUGUGGUAGAGGGUCAGAAUCCUCACAGAGAUGACGAGGACUGAGGUUAUUGAGUAGUACGAGAGUGCUUUCUUUCCAUUGGACAAGAAGUUGAACCAUUGAUUGACAAUGUGCAAUAUGAGACAAAAAUCUGUCCUAACCCACCAUUAGUGUCCCCCGAGGGGAAGGGAUAAUGCUAGUUGUCUAAAAUAUAUUGUGAAGAUUAACAUGCAUCUUUCCUUCUUUUUUUCUGAAAUAAUGACCUUUGUUUAAUAGUAUUAUUCUUUUAGGAGAACUUCAGUGCUAUAAAUGUGUGCUAAUUUAUAUCUUCUAUAAGGAUACAGAUAAAUGCAUUUAAAAGAGUGGCACCUAAUCAGCCUUUAUUUUCCUUUCUUUUACUGUGAAAGUCUUACAAUUUUGUGGCAACUCUUUCAAGAAUGUUGUAUGAAUAUAGUGUUCAAAGGGGUUGAUCUUCAGAUUGUGAAAACCACAUUGAUACGAGAGUUUGUGCAAUGCAGAUGUAUAAUAAUGACCAUAUUAAAAACAACCCCAUAAUUCUGUGUACUUCAGAAAUGUCUUAAGUAAUUUUGAAGUUCUUGUCCAAUCUCUUUUGCUCUCUAUGGUUAAAAUAAUGUAUGGUUAAUUUCAGUUUUUUUAGGAACUAAUUUGUAAAUAAAUGUCAUUUUUCAGAGAAUUAUUACAUAAAUUCCUUUAUGUUGUCAA